AUGGGCAACCACGGCCAGGCAAAGGGCAAGCAGGCCCAAGGGCAACUCAGGGCAACGUCGUGCACAAAGUACAGUUUGUCUCAGGAGGUAGUGCCGUCUAGGCGGAAAGGCAAGCAGGCAGGCAGGCAGGCAGGCAGCGAAGAAGGCCCAGGGCACAAUGGCAGAGGCCACGCAAACAUUAGGGUAGAGUCUGUAGGGAUGAAACCCUGGACGGAAGGUUUCAAGCUGAGUUCCGCAGCACAUGCCACCGCUGACCCAUGGCCCGGCGACCCACGGCGCACGACAUCUGUUGCGGCCGUGAACGUCAGCGGGCUUGGCGGGCCGAGGGGGGAGACGGGCGACGGGCGACGGGGGGGUGGGAUGGAUAGCGUGGCUGGCCAGAACCGAUUGGCUGUUUCACCCCCAGAGAGUGGGGGCGCCGGCUCUGUCUUGUUGCAUCCCCUUUCGCAUCCACCGCACAAGACUCAUCCCAGAGAAGCAAUGUGCAAUUGCUUCACUUCGCCCGACAUGUGCUCCAGACUUGCGCCGAAAAGGGCCACGUACUCGCUGGGUGCCCGUCUGGCCCGUCCGUUGCCCCGUGAAUGCAUCAUCGAGCCCAUGGCCAAGCGUAGACGUCAGUCCAUGGUGAUGCUGAGGGACCAUGACUUUUGCGAGUUAAAUAUAUAUGUCCCAACUAUCGGUCCACUGUCACAACUACUGAUACUCCCGCUGCACCGCUGCUCGACAAACCCAAAAGCCGCCUUUGUCAAUCUUAAAGUCUCAGACAUAGUCUUGUCCCGUCCCCAUUCAUAA